UAACCCGAUUAAAAAAGAACAUAACACGAGAAAGAGAGAACACAGAAAAAUGGUGAAAGGAAUCGACGAACUCACUGAAGACGAAAGAAAAGCUCUCCGACGCAGAAAAUUUGCCCCUCUUCCUCCUAAGCCUUCGUCUUCGUGUUCGUCUUCUUUGCCCAGGCUUGCUCAUCCUGGUGGACCUGUAACUACCAAUAAGGCAGUUGCUUUAGCGAAGUUUCUUGAGAGGAAACUUCAGGAACCUGGUGGAUUGGAUACCUUGAAACCUGAACUUAUUGAGCUAGCUGUCAAGAAUGCGAAAGAGACUGUCAAUGCUAGUGGAACUUCAAAACAUGGAAAGAUUAUUCGACAUGUCACUUCCUUUGAUGAUAAUGAGGAUUAUUCAUCCAAAGAUUGGCCAACAUAUGAGCCAAAGAUAAAAUUGAAGAAGGAAAAGAAAGAUAAGAAGAAGAAGAAGAAGAAGAAGAAGAAAAAUAAAAAAAAUAAAAAGGUCGAUGAUCAAUGAUGUUCAGAAAGUAUUUUGAAGAGAUUAUAAAAGAUGAAUUGUUUAGUGCUACUGAUUAACUCGUUGUAGGAACCGGUGAACAGAAACUUGUGAAUAGAUCAGAGUAUGUCAUAGUACAGUUGUGUUACAGAUUGAAGGAUAUAUCUCCUUGUUUCUCGGUGAUGGAGAAUUAUUUUUUAUCUUCCUUUAUUAGGAGUUUUUUUUACUUUUGCUCUGGAUGAUUUUGUGUGGCCAUUGUUCUGAUAGAACAUUUUUUUACCA